GUUUCAGUCUUUCAACUUGUAAACUUUCCCUUCCCCUUAUUUUAUCCUCAAACCAAUAAUAUAUCUCUAGUUCUUGCAACCUAAGUUACCUCCUUGUCUCCUUCUGAUAUUUCCUUGAAAUGCGUCUCCAAUUCUUACCCUUUGUUGUUCUCUUCUUCUUUUGCUUCAGCAAAAAACAAUCAUGGGGCUUGAUGAAUUCCAACCAACAACCACAAUUCUUCAAGCUUAUGAAAAACUCUCUCGCAGGCAACGCUUUGUCCUCUUGGAAUAUCUCUGACGACGCAGCUACUGCUAACUACUGUAACUUCGCUGGUGUACGGUGCGACGGUCAAGGUCUAGUCACCGAACUUGAUCUUUCCGGGUGGUCUCUCUCCGGGAUUUUCCCAGAUAGGAUUUGCUCGUACUUACCAAACCUUCGUGUCCUUCGUCUCUCUCGCAACCAUCUCAACAGAAGCAGCAGCUUCCUUACUUCCAUCCCCGACUGUUUUCUCCUUCGAGAGCUCAACAUGAGCUCUCUCUAUCUCUCAACUACACUCCCUGAUUUCUCUCACAUGAAAACCCUAAGAGUCAUCGACAUGUCCUGGAACCACUUCACCGGUAGCUUCCCGUUCUCGAUCUUCAACCUCACCGAUCUAGAGUAUCUCAAUUUCAAUGAGAACCCAGAGCUUAAUCUCUGGACUCUACCGGAUUAUGUCUCCAACCUCAAGAAGCUCACACACAUGCUCUUGAUGACCUGUAUGCUCCACGGUAAUAUCCCGAGAUCUAUUGGGAAUCUGAAUUCUCUUGUUGAUCUCGAACUCAGCGGAAACUUCCUCUCUGGCGAGAUUCCAAAAGAAAUAGGGAAUCUUUCCAACUUAAGGCAGCUUGAGCUUUACUAUAACUACCACUUAACCGGGAGUAUACCGGAGGAACUCGGUAAACUCAAGAAUCUUACGGACAUAGACAUCUCGGUUAGCAGGCUAACCGGAAGCAUUCCAGAAUCAAUAUGCAGUCUUCCAAAACUCCGAGUGCUUCAGUUUUACAACAACAGCUUAACCGGUGAGAUUCCCAAGUCCCUUGGCAACUCAACAACCUUACAGAUGUUGUCUCUCUACGACAACUACUUAACCGGUGAACUCCCGCCAAAUCUUGGAUCUUCCUCACCUAUGAUCGCUCUCGAUGUCUCAGAAAAUCUUCUCUCCGGUCCUCUUCCCACCCAAGUUUGCAAGUCCGGUAAGCUUUUGUACUUCCUUGUCCUACAAAACAGAUUCUCUGGUUCGAUCCCCGCGAGCUAUGGGAGCUGCAAGACUCUCAUAAGGUUUCGUGUCGCGAACAACCGCCUCGUGGGAGCUAUACCACAAGGAAUUACAUCGCUGCCUCAUGUCUCCAUCAUCGACUUGGCGUACAACUUGUUAUCUGGUCCAAUACCUGAUUCGAUCGGGAUGGCUUGGAAUUUGUCAGAGUUGUUUAUGCAGGGUAAUAAAAUCUCCGGUUUUAUACCUCACGAGAUCUCUCAUGCCACUAACCUCGUGAAGCUUGAUCUCAGUAAUAAUCAAUUGUCUGGUCCAAUACCAUCAGAAAUAGGAAGACUUAGAAAGUUGAAUUUACUUGUGCUCCAAGGCAACCACCUGGACUCUUCAAUCCCUGAGUCUCUCUCGAAUCUCAAGUCUCUCAACGUUCUUGAUCUGUCCAGUAAUUCACUCACCGGAAGAAUCCCUGAAAACAUCUCCGACUUGCUCCCAACUUCAAUCAACUUUUCCAGCAACCACCUCUCUGGUCCCAUCCCCGUCUCGUUGAUAAAAGGAGGUCUUGUGGAAAGCUUUUCGGAUAACCCUAACCUCUGUGUUCCACCAAACGCGGGUUCGUCGGGUUUAAAGUUUCCCACGUGUCAAGAAGCUCCUGGUAAGAAGAAGCUGAGCUCGAUCUGGACAAUCCUUCUCGUCUCAGUCUUUAUCCUAGUCCUGGGGGGGAUCACGGUUUACUUGAGACAACGGUUGAGUAGAAACAAAGCAGUGAUAGAGCAAGACGAGACCUUCGCGUCUUCUUUCUUCUCCUACGAAGUCAAGAGUUUCCACCGCAUAAACUUUGACCAAAGAGAGAUUCUCGAAGCUCUGGUGGACAAGAACAUUGUAGGCCAUGGUGGUUCAGGUACGGUGUAUAGGGUGGAGCUCAAAUCCGGAGAAGUGGUUGCGGUGAAGAAGCUAUGGAGCCAGAGUAGCAAAGACUCAACCUCUGAAGACAGGUUGCAUUUGAACAAGGAAUUGAAAACUGAAGUUGAAACGCUGGGGAGUAUUCGCCAUAAGAAUAUCGUCAAGCUCUUCAGCUAUUUCUCAAGCUUGGAUUGUAGUCUUUUGGUAUAUGAGUAUAUGCCUAACGGUAACUUAUGGGACGCUCUUCACAAAGGAUUUUUUCAUCUCGAUUGGCCUACACGUCAUCAAAUCGCUGUUGGAGUCGCUCAAGGAUUGGCCUACCUUCAUCAUGAUAUCUCGCCCCCAAUCAUUCAUCGUGACAUCAAAUCCACAAACAUCUUAUUAGAUGUAAAUUAUAAGCCUAAAGUUGCAGACUUCGGCAUUGCAAAGGUGUUGCAAGCUAGAGGAAAAGAUUCUACCACAACCGUUAUUGCCGGCACCUAUGGUUAUUUGGCCCCAGAAUAUGCGUACUCCUCCAAAGCAACGAUCAAGUGCGACGUAUACAGUUUCGGGGUGGUGUUAAUGGAGCUAAUCACGGGGAAGAAACUGGUUGACUCCAGUUUUGGUGAGAACAAGAACCUAGUGAAUUGGGUGUCAAAAAUGAUUGACACGAAAGAAGGAUUGAUUGAGACAUUAGACAAGAGAUUGUCGGAAUCAUCGAAAGCCGACAUGAUCAACGUCUUGCGUGUAGCUAUCCGUUGUACGAGCAGAUCUCCAACAAUCCGUCCUACCAUGAACGAAGUCGUCCAGCUUCUGAUUGAUGCAGGACCGUCAAGACUCGACAUGACUUCUAAAUCAUCAACCAAUUAUAAGGAACCAGUCUAAUCAGAUAUUCUCACACAAACAAAACUCUAGUACAUGCUUGCUUGAUGAUGUGGUGUAAGCAAAUAACAUAUCAUAUAUUUAUCAUAGAUUUAACUCCUUAUGUAAUGUAUUAAGAGUCUUCUAUUUAUUUAAUACAUAUCAUUUACAGAC